ACUUCGGCCACUUGCUCUCGGGUGCGCCCGGGUUCGAGCUGCGGAAAAACUUGGUACUUUCCAAUUGGCUGCAAUGGCGGAGGUGGCCCGUAGCCCAUUGGCUCUGCCGGCUCUGCCUGGCGUGGAAGCUGAGGGAGCUCCCGAGCGUCAGUGUUGCCCCAAGCCGUGAGUGCGGUGUGGCCUGUCGCGCCUAGCCGCUCACCGCGCCUCGCUUUAUCUCAGGUAGCUGUGGGUGGAGGCGCGGAGUUACGGCGGAAGUGAGGUGGCCGGGAGGGAAGGCGACAGGGGCGCCCGGGGCGUCCUGUCCGGGGCGUUUUCCGGAGCUGCUCCGGGCAGCGGGGCGGCGGAGGCCGGCGUGGAGGUCGGGGGUGGCGGACCCCGGCGCCCGGGCGGUGCGGACCUUACAAGUGAGGGAGGAAAAAGGAAAGAAGAAAAAAAAAAAUGGAAGGCCUGCCUGAUGCUGCUGUCUUUGCAACUAGACUUAAAAACACUCUCAUCCAAUAUCAUAGCAUUGAAGACGAUAAGUGGCGAGUUGCCAAGAAAAUGAAAGAUGUAACAAUUUGGAGAAAACCUUCAGAAGAAUUUAAUGGAUACCUUUUCAAAGCCCAAGGUGUUAUAGAUGACAUCGUCAAUAGUGUAAUAGACCAUAUACGCCCCGGUCCCUGUCGCUUGGAUUGGGACAGCUUAAUGACUUCAAUGGAUAUUUUGGAACACUUUGAAGAGAAUUGCUGUGUGAUGCGUUAUACUACUGCUGGCCAGCUUUGGAAUAUAAUUUCCCCAAGAGAGUUUGUUGAUUUCUCCUACACUGUGGGCUAUGAAGAAGGGCUUCUAUCCUGUGGGGUAAGUCUUGACUGGAGUGAAAAGAGACCAGAAUUUAUUCGUGGAUAUAACCAUCCCUGUGGUUGGUUUUGUGUUCCGCUUAAAGACAAUCCUCACCAGAGUCUUUUGACAGGCUAUAUUCAGACGGAUCUGCGUGGGAUGAUUCCACAGUCUGCAGUCAACACAGCCAUGGCAAGCACUUUAAUCAACUUCUAUGGUGAUUUACAAAAAGCCUUACAAAAGGCAUAAUAUGUUUAAACUUGUAGUACAGUAGACCCCAGAGUCAACUUUUGCUCUCAGCUGCGUGGCCUGUAAAAAUCAUCCUUUCCUCUCCUCCAUGUAGCCUGUGGAAACAUUUGAGAUGAUUUGUUGGUUUAUUUUAUUCCCAAACUAAAUAGUUAUCUAAGAGAGGGCAUUUCAGUUUUCUUAAAUAGUUAUUUGCACAGUGUUUGGUACAGCAGUGUGUCUGAGCACGGAGAGUAUGACAGAGAUCCAUGAAGAAGUAGGUAUACUUCUUUGACCUAAACUCUUUAGAAACUGAGUAGUGACUCAGUAUGAAUAUUUUGCCUGCUUGGAAAUUAGAGAAAGCAUAAGCUUCAUGCUGUUAGUUAAAAUCAUCUAUUUUAGAGGUUUAUGAACAUUUUAUAAGUUUUAACUUUUUCUGGAAGUUAAAUAUUAGUGUUUUACUUUGGUAUGCUGUAUGAGUUUGUCAAUAUCUUGGACUAAAGAAAAAAGCUCUUUAUAUUUUGUAAAGGUGAUUUUCAUUGUCAGUUGACUUGCACUACUUUAUAAGUAUUGAAAAAAUCAGAAAUAAAAAUAAAGUAACUAUAAAUACAAUUCAAAUACAAUUCUGUUUUGAUACCUAGGUAACAUUAUUUUGUGGAUAUCUUUAAAAAUGUAUUUGUGUCUUUCUGUGAGUUUAUUUUGGAAGUCUUAAAAAGCAUUUAUGCAUGGAUAAGAUAGUACAAAACUGCCAAAUGUGUGCUGGGGACACCACAUUGAUUGGGUUGUGUGAAAGGGUUGGGGGUAUCCUCUAUUCACCAACAGAAAAUUAUCUGUCUAUAAAGUCAAAUUCAGUGAAUGUUUUCUUCAUGUUUCAUUUUUUUAAAGAUAAGCCCUCAAGAGAUAGCUUUAAUUCUGAGAAGUAUCUGAUACUCUUUAGGAAAAUAAUGAGAUUUUCAGUCUUUCUCAUUUGACCCAUGUUCAUGUUUCAAAGUAUCACUCACCUCAUAAAGCAUUACUGACUACAUCAUAAACAUUGUGACAGAUCUUCAUCUGGAGCUUUAACAAAUGCAUUCAUAGAUUUAUCCACAUGCCUGGAUGAGUCAUUUUAUAACUAGUAUGGAUGAGAAUAGGUCCCUUGAGUCUAGGGCUGCCUUAAAUGAACAUUCCUGAAUAAUUUUAACAUUCCAAAUGAUUCUUUGGCUUUUGAACUAACCACCUGGUUUACUCUUAAAAUGAGAUCUUGAGGCAACUCAUUCAGUGUAGCCAUGAAGAUGUGUGUAUUUAUGUUCGUGUACGGGUACACGUUCUGAAAUCUAUCUUCGUGUUCAGUGUGAAUUCUUUAUGUGGUACUAUUACUGUUUCCAUCAUUUUGUUUCUCCUUCUCCUCCUCCUCCCUUCCCCCUCUCCCUCCUCCUCCUCCUCUUUUUUUCUCUUCCUUCUACUCCUCCUCCACCUCUCCCUCCUUCCUCCCCUUCCCCCCCUUCCUAUUCUCCUUCUCCUUUUUCUCCUUUUUGAUUAAUAUAUUCCAGUGUUCUGUCUAGGAUGGCAAAAUACCAGCAGAUGUCCAAUUACAGGGUGCCCAGAUUGUGUGAGGGAUUUGUGAUAAGAUUGCCUGAACUGGGUACCCCCAAAGCAAAUAAACUGUCCACUCAGCAA